CAGGAAGAUCAAAAGCGAGCGCUUGAAUUUCUUAAUGAAGCAUCUACUCGAGACUUCGAUAUUUCCUUAAUUCCUCCUUUGAUACCUUCGCUUUCUUCCUCUGUUGACCCUGCUUUUGUCAAAGAGCUGAGUGUGAUAUUGCGCUCGGAAGAAUGCCAACCAUUCGCACGACAAGCUGCCGGACUUCAGUUGAAAAAUGUCUUAUAUGCCAAAGAAGAAGAGAGGCGUGCUCAAUACUUGAACAGAUGGCUGUCACUUCCCGCUGAUAUACGAACACAAGUAAAGGUACUUGUCGUACAGACUCUCGGCACGGAGCCAUUUCGACCAUCUAUCGCUGCACAAUGUGUAGCAGCUAUCGCUUGUGCUGAAUUGCCGUCUGGCGAGGCUUUACGACUUUACUUUAUGCAUGCUUUUCUGGCUUGUCCAUGUUCAUUUACGGCAUCUCACUGGCCUGAUGUUAUCGAUGCCCUUCGGACGAGCGUCACGAACCCAGCUAGUACAGCAUCGUUGAAAGAAUCGUCUCUUGAAACAUUGGGCUACAUUUGUCAAGACAUUGAUGCUACCGUAUGUUACCAAAUUACAUCUGCUUAAAU